UGGAGCGCACUUGCCGCCCAUUUAUUAUUUUUUGGCAGCAAGGUUUUCUCCAAAAUAUUCUAUUUUUUAAUGUUUUCUUUUGUUUUUAUUGAAUAUUUUGCUCUUUAUAUAUGCAAAAUUUUGAUUUUACCAAUUUUCAUUCUUUGAGGUUCUUCAAAUCUACAAUGUGGCGUAGUUUACCGAGUUUGGUGUCUUCGGCUGUUCGAUCACAAAAUGCCGUCAACACACGAUUUUCCAGUACAAUGAAACAAUUUUUCGAUGAUGAAGCGAAUUUUGGAAAAGCAGAGCUCCGCCCGAAACAUCGGCCGGGCAGAUCGUGGACAGCAGAAGAACUGAGAUUAAAAAGCAAUUCAGAUUUGCAUAAGCUUUGGUAUGUGUGCUUGAAGGAGCGAAAUAUGCUGAUAACGAUGAAAAAAGCGCACACUUCACGUGCCCGGAACAUGCCAAACCCAGAGAGACUUGAUCGUGUUCAUGAGACAAUGGAUCGUAUAGAAUCAGUAGUUCACGAGCGAAAUGAUGCGGUCUUCCGUUUGGAAACUGGAGAAUCCGCGGCUCCACGCAAGAGAACAAUCACUUCAUUCGCUGGAUUUACAUAUCAAAAACAAGCCACAGAACACUUUGCACCACCUCAACUCGGCCAGAAAGAAUACGAAACUCCAUAUCUCGACGACGAUGCCUACGUGAUGCAGAAGCUUUGGCAGGAAAAAGAAUUCAUGAAAAAUCGAGAUAGAUUGGAUGAUGAGAAGAGACGAGCGGCACGAACAGAAGACAUGGACAGAUUCAAGAGAGGAGCUCCACGAGUUUUCAAUCGAUAAAAAGUUGUUUCUAGAUAUUUUUUUUGUUUUCGAGUAGGCUUUUAAAAAUGUUGUUUGCUUUGCUUCCUUCCUCAGUUUAUUUAGUUUUUCAAAGAAUAUCCAUUGUUCUU